AUGUCUAUAGGUAGCAAUGGAUUCGCGCAGGGUGGCCGUGUCAACAAAACGGAUAAGACACGUCGCAGUUGGUCCGUUCAGGAAGAGGUAGUACUCCUUGCUGCCUUGAAAGAGCUAGUCGCGCAAGGAUGGAAAUCCGACAAUGGAUUCCACGCUGGCUAUUUGAAUAAGUUAGAAGACGCCAUCAAGAAAGAAUAUCCGAACUCGGACUUGAAAGGGAUGCCCCACAUCAAUUCGAAGGUGACGACUUGGAAAAAGACUUAUAACUCACUCACACACAUCCUUAAAUUCAGUGGAGUUGGAUUCAACGCGAAGGGCACGUUCAUGAUCGAUUGCGACAAUGAACAAUGGGAGAACAUUGUCAGGACGGAUAAAAACAUAAGCAAUAUGCGCUUUAAAAGCUGGCCAUAUCAUGACGAUUGGAAAAUCAUUUUCGGCAAGGAUAGAGCAAACGGUGAUGAGGCGGAGGAUCUCAUGGAAGCGGCACACGACAUGUACCGGAAUAUUGAUCUCAAUCCACCGAUUGAUCCCCUCGGUGAUUAUCACGUUUCACUUGAGGAUAUCUUUGAAAAUGGUGAAAUGGCUGAUAGUGUAAGCCAAACCCAUAAGCCCGAGGUCACUAAAAAGGGUGACGAGGAGGUGCGGGCAUCUAGUAGGAAGCGGAAGCGUAGUUCGGGGAUCGAUGACAGAAUGUUUGAGGCCUUCUCUGAUAUUAGCCGGGGUACGGAAAGUAGACUUGAGAUCAUCGUCGAGAGUAUGGGCUACGACAAAGACGUCUCAAAGGCUAGGAAGGAAGUUUUUGCUCAAUUGAGUGCUAUUCCCGGGCUGUCAAAAACUGAUAAGUUCGAGAUAACGGACUUGCUUGCGAAGGAGGUUGAGCGUCUCGAUGUGUUUGCGAGUCUCCCGGAUGAGGAGAAGGCUGAUUACGUGUUCUACCUCCUAGAUAUGAAGCGUAAGUGA